AUACUCUGCACAAAUUGAGUCUGGUCUAAUGGAAAUUAUCGUCCCUAAAAGCCAGUUCUACCCUGACUUCAAAAACCUACCUCAGACAUUGGACGACACCAAGGAACGAGUCAGAUGGCGCAGUAAACAGAACCUGGACUAUGCCUAUUUAAUGCUUUAUGCUCACACUAGGGGAAAGUAUUACAUUCAGCUGGAAGAUGACGUCAUAACAAAAGAUGGUGUUUUCCGGACCAUUAUGAAAACGUUGCUCUGGCAACGCAAGGGGUGGUUUUCCCUCAACUUCUCUCCUUUAGGCUUCAUAGGUAAACUAUUCCGAACUGCUGAUUUGCCGUUCAUCGCCGAGUUUUUAUUGAUGUUUUAUCCCGAUAAGCCGGGAGAUUGGCUCUUGGAAAACUUGAUGUCGGCUAAAGUCUGUGGCAAAAACAUGACAAUGCGACACUGUACAGCAGCCAUCAGUCGUGUUGCCCGGAUUAUCAGGCCCUCGCAGUUCCAACACAUCGGCUUCCACUCUUCUCUCAAAGGAAAGGUCCAGCUGCUAAAGGACAAAACGUUUCGUAUGGGUUCACGCCCUACACUAAACGUAAAGAAGACGAAAACAAACUUCAACCCCACACCUACAAGCAUUGAAACCACAAUCCGGGAGCAUAAGAAACACAAGAUCGAGUUCGCUUACGCAGGACAGGGCAUCUUUUGGGGUAUGACGCCAGUCAAGGAUGAUGUUAUAGACUUCAUAUAUGAACCUCCAAUCCAGAUAACCAGAACGAGAGGAAAACAAGUAAACACUUCGCUACGGACACUCAUGUACACACACACACACACACAAGCACGCACGCGCGCAUACACACACAUUAAUUUAUAUACACUUUUUCCCCAGGAAGAAACUGUGCAACAUACGAAGACAUUUCAAGUUGUUGGUCACUUUGAUAAACACGGCGUGGCCGAGGCAUCAGUGCCGACAUCCCUGGGUAGAACAGGAGUGUUUCGCAUUCACGUCAACUCAAACAUGACGCAUUGGGUCAUUCUUUCAAACGAGAUGAAGGCGGAGGUGGAGGAAGAGACCAUGCACAAAUAA